UUUUCUUUUAUUUGUAUCAGUGAGAGACUAUGUUUGUUUUUGUUCCAGACUUCUUCUAUGUUUUGGACAACAACUGAUCAACGCAUCUUAAACCAAAAUAUAUACAGUACCAAAGCAAAUCUAAAACUUUGACUUUUCUAAACGCAGACGCAGACGCAAAAAUCAGCGAAACCCCAAAACGAAAAGCACAGUAAACGCCUUUUUUACUCGAAACCACAACAAGAACACAAAAACUCCCAAGGAAAAAAAGAAAAAGAACACCACAAUCCAUCUCUCUCUAGCCUCUCUCCUCGAUGUCUGAUCACCAGCUUGAUACAGAGAUCAACUUCUGGGGAGAGACUUCAGAAGAAGACUACUUCAAUCUCAAAGGCAUCAUCGGCUCCAAAUCUUUCUUCACGUCCCCUCGUGGCCUCAACCUCUUCACUCGUUCAUGGCUUCCCUCUUCCUCUUCUCCUCCACGUGCUCUCAUCUUCAUGGUCCAUGGCUACGGCAAUGACGUCAGCUGGACUUUCCAGUCCACUCCCAUCUUUCUCGCUCAGAUGGGUUUCGCUUGCUUCGCUCUCGACAUCGAAGGUCAUGGCCGAUCUGACGGCGUCCGCGCCUAUGUUCCUUCCGUAGAUCUCGUCGUCGAUGACAUCAUCUCUUUCUUCAAUUCGAUUAAGCAGAACCCUCAAUUUCGUGGCUUACCUCGGUUUCUCUUCGGAGAAUCUAUGGGCGGCGCCAUUUGUCUUUUGAUCCAUUUCGCUGAUCCGUCAGGGUUCGAUGGAGCGGUUCUUGUUGCUCCCAUGUGUAGAAUCUCCGACAAGGUGAGACCUAAAUGGCCGAUUGAUCAGUUUCUGAUUAUGAUCUCAAGAUUCUUGCCUACUUGGGCCAUUGUUCCGACGGAAGAUCUGUUGGAGAAAUCGAUCAAAGUCGAAGAGAAGAAGCCGAUUGCCAAGAGGAAUCCGAUGAGGUACGGUGAGAAACCGAGGUUAGGUACAGUGAUGGAGCUUCUUAGGGUUACGGAUUACUUAGGGAAGAAGCUAAAAGAUGUGAGCAUUCCCUUCAUUGUUGUGCAUGGAAGUGCAGAUGCUGUCACUGAUCCUGAAGUGAGCAGAGAGUUGUACGAAGUUGCUAAGAGCAAAGACAAGACAUUAAAGAUCUACCAAGGUAUGAUGCAUUCCAUGUUGUUCGGUGAACCCGACGACAACAUUGAGAUUGUUCGUAAGGACAUUGUUAGUUGGUUGAAUGAUAGAUGUGGUGGAGACAAAACCCACGUUUGAUGGAAUUUAUUGUCAUUCUUGCUGUAAUGUUUGUAUAGUCAUAUUUUUAUCACGAAACUGUAUUUGGUUAAGGAACUAGAAAUUGAUGUACAAAUCAAUCUCAUUGUUUUUACA